AUGGGCAAGUUCAUGAAACCCGGAACCGUGGUGCCGGUCCUGGCUGGACGUCACUCCAGACGCAAAGCUGUCAUGGUGAAGAACACUGGUGGUGGCACUUCAGACCGCCCUUACAGACAUGCCCUGGUGACGGGAAUUGACCGCCAUCCCCGAAAAGUGACAGCGGCCAUGGGCAUGAAGAAAAUCGCCAAGAGAUCAAAGAUCAAGUCCUUUGUGAAAGUUUACAACUACAGUCACCUCCUGCCCACAAGGUACUCUGUGGAUAAACCCUUGGACAAAAGUGUUGUUAACAAAGAUGUCUUCAGAGACCCAGCCCUGAAACACAAGGCCAGACGGAAGGCCAAGGGCGACACAAGACAGGGAAGAACUGACCGGAGCCAUAAGCCUAAGCGACCCUUGCACUUGGAAACAGAUCGCCCAGGACUGUUCCGGCUUCGAGGGCUGCUGAAGAAAGAGCUGAUGUGA